AUGAGUAUUCACUAUACGUAUCUACGUCUACUUGGCCUCUACAAGGGUACGUUUCUGUCUACGUUGUCCGAUCACGCUAAGUCCAACAACUGUACUAACGUGGUUCACGACUUGCACCAGAACCUAGGGGAGUCUAUGGCUAACGUCUUUGCCAAGUACGAGCACGCUAUUCAGCUACUGAGCGUCGACAGUGUGGAUGCAGAGGCACGUCUCGACUCUCUAAGACAGGCCGAGCAACGUGUCUACUAUCGUGACUACGUUAUGAUCGAGAACGACACCAACUAG